GUAGUGAAGAAGAAGAGGAAGAGGCCAAGAAGGAGCUCAGUUAAAGCUGUGUGCUCAAAAUGAGGAAAAAACCUCUUAAGUUCAAAUAACUCAAUGCUGAAUCUCUGAAUGUCUCAUGCUUAUUUCUGUUGAUACGCUUUGCCUGCAGAGUGCUUUCACAGUAUCUGCCAUACAGUUGGUACCUGCUUGAACCUCAGAACCUGUUUGUUGUGGCUCUGCAACUACUCUGUGUCUGUCUGUCUCUCACAGCUACUGGCUGGUGUUUUUACAGGGGGUUCUAUUUCAGUCCAGGUACCUCACUGAAGAACUGCAGAGGAUUUUCACUGAAGACACUGACUCUGAAAUGGAAACGUUUGAAGGUUUUGCUUCAAGUGAGGUGGAUGUGAACAAGAAAGGAGUUCAGGCAUUAAAUUCAAACUUGGUUGAUGAAGAACACGAUAACUUACUGGGUAGUGAGGAACAAGAGGAGGAAGAGGUGAAGAAGAAAGUUUCACCCAAGAGAAGAAGCUUUGGCCUGCGUGUUGCCUUGCAGUUUCCCACCAGAAAGUCGUCCGAGAAAAAAGCGCCUGAACAGGCUUUUUCUGACUUACCUCUAAAGGACAGUGAAUCCCUCACACAUCUUUCAAAAGAAAUAAGCUGCAAGGGAUGGGACAAACAAGAGGGCUCUGCUUCAGAGUCUGAAGAAGACAUUAAAGAAUCACAGGAGGAAAGUUCCAGUGCUCUGCUUAAGAGAGCCAUGAAUAUUAAAGAAAAUAAAGCCAUGCUUGCCCAGUUGCUGGCAGAACUGAAUUCCAUACCUGACCUGUUCCCAGUGAAAACACCCACUUCCACUCCUUCGAAACAGAAGAAAAUUCCCAGGAGGACAUUUUCUGAAGGCCAGAUAACACGUCGCAUGAACCCAACCAGAAAUGCUCGUCCGCCAGAAAAUUUUGCCGUGGAAAAAUUUACUAUGUCGGCUGUUAAAUUUGCAGAACAAUUCCGUAGCUAUAGACAGCAAAACCUCUUGACGAAGAGACUCAGUGUGCAGGGGAAUUGUGGAGUGCACAAAAGGAGGAGAUCAUCAAGGUAUUCAUCUCACCGUCCGGUAGAGGAUAUUACCGAGGAGGACUUGGACAACAUUGCAAUCACUGUUAAAGACAAAAUCUAUGACAAAGUUCUGGGUAGUACUUGCCACCAGUGUAGACAAAAGACAAUUGAUACAAAGACAGUCUGUCGCAACCAGGGCUGUGGAGGAGUAAGGGGGCAGUUUUGUGGACCGUGUCUUCGAAAUCGGUAUGGGGAAGAUGUGAAAUCAGCAUUGCUUGAUCCAGCCUGGAUCUGUCCUCCUUGUCGCGGGGUGUGCAACUGCAGUUACUGCCGCCGGCGGGACGGGCGCUGUGCCACCGGUAUGCUCAUCCACUUGGCCAAGUUCUACGGCUACAACAACGUCAGGGAGUACCUGGAAAGUUUACAGAAACAACUAGCGGAUGACAAUUAAGAACACUGAACUGAAGCUGUGCCUGCAACUGGUUCUUACAUUGACAAAUUUUUACUUCAAAAGGUUAUUGCUAUGUUUUAUAUAAGAUAGAACUGUAGAGUAUAGUAUAUGCAUUUCUAUGUUGGGAACUUUUAUUGAUGUGGUCUUAUGCAAAGAUCUCUCAGGAAAAUGUUUUGGUAGAGAAAUCUACAUGCACAGACCUAUAUGUUAAGUGAAAUGGCACUCUUGUACCUUGAGUGGUUAAUUUUUAAUAGAGCUACACAACCACAUGAUAGAGAACUUGGUCAAUUGUACCAAUAUUUUAUUUAUAUAAUUGUGCAAGUUUGCAGAAAGGGUGUUUAACAACUACCUGUAAAGCACACCUUGUAUUUACUGAAACGAAAACCCCCUGUGUUCCAGCUUGACCAUAAAGAUUCAGGUUUAUAACCCUUGCUUUCUGAACCUAUUCCUCCGCCUGUAGUUUAUGGAACUUGUCCCUGCAAAGAAGUGAAGGGUACUUUCACCUGAGUGGUAUUAUAUUCCAGCCAAAGCUGAUGCAACCUAAUAUUGGGAGGAUGGUUAUUUUUUUUUUAUUCCAAAGUGCAAUUAAUAACUAAAACAGGAAAGUGGAAGAGUGUUUUUUAAAUAAAAUUUUAAGCAUCAUCCCAGUAAUGAUUGCUUACUAAUAGUUUCUGUGUGAUGCACCAGCUGCCUGAAUCACCUACCUUACAGCAAUCAUCACUGGUUUAAAUCACCAAGUUCAGGAUUUUUUUUUUCCAUACAGUUCAUUCUUAGGUGUUAUUUCAUAUGUACCACAGAGCUUUCAAAAAACUUUGUUUAAACGCAACAUGUUUGUAUUGCAGUGUGCUUAUGUUAAAAUGCUUGUAAGAUACACAUUUCAUUUUAUGUAGAGAGAAUAAAGAAUAAUAAAGAGGAGCAUUUUGUGACUCAAACUACA